AGGGGGACGCCACACAGACACAGUGGGACACACUUGGGCAGAUCGGACUUCAGGCUCUCUGCACCGGACCAGGGCUCUUUAAGCGGCGGGGACCAAAGUGCACUUGGGGUAUGGAGGAUUAAUCAGUGACAGGAAGCUGCCACUCUUGGAGCAGUGACUGGCUGUGGUCGGAAGAGCCUCUGCAAGCCCGGCCCUAGGAGUCUGUCCCGCUUCCCGCCCACUACUCGCCCACCUGCUCCUGCCAUGGGGCACCUUGGGGCCUUCCUCUUCCUCCUGGGUGCCCUGGGAGCUCUGGCUGAGAUCUGUGACAUAUCAGAGGUGGACAGUCAGCUAGUAGAGAAGCUGGGCCAGCGCCUCUUGCCUUGGAUGGACCAGCUCUCCCUGGAGCACUUGAACCCCAGCAUCUAUGUGGGCCUGCGCCUCUCCAGUCUGCAGGCCGGGACCAAGGAGGACCUCUACCUGUACAGCCUCAAGCUCCAUUACCAGCAGUGCCUCCUAGGGUCUGCCUCCAGUGAUGAUAACAGGGACUGCCAGGUCACACCUUCCAUGGGCCAGCUGGCCCUCUACCUGCUUGCUCUCAGGGCCAACUGUGAGUCUGUCAAGGGCCGCAAGGGGGACAGGCUGGUCUCACAGCUCAAGCGGUUCCUGGAGGACGAGAAGAAUACCAUCGGGCACAGUCACCAUGGCCACCCCCACACCAGCUACUACCAGUACGGUCUGGGCAUCCUGGCUCUGUGUGUGCACCAGAAGCGGGUCCAUGACCACGUAGUAGGCAAGCUCCUGUAUGCUGUGGAACAUGACCACCUACACGACCACCUACACCGGAACCACCUCUCUGUAGACAUGGCGGCCAUGGCAGGCUUGGCUUUCACCUGUCUGGAGCGCUUCAACUUCAACCCCGAUCAGAGACACCGGAUCGCCAUGGCCAUAGGGACGGUGCGAGAUAAGAUCCUGAAUGCUCAGACCCUAGAGGGCCACUUUGGGAAUGUCUACAGCACCCCGCUGGCACUGCAGUUGCUGAUGGUCUCCCCCAUUCCUGGGGAGGAGAUGGGCACAGCAUGCCUCAAAGCAAGGGCUGCUCUGUCGGCCAGCCUACAGGAUGGGGCCAUCCAGAAUGCUCUCACGAUUUCCCAGCUGUUGCCUGUGCUGAACCGCAAGACCUACAUGGAUCUCAUCUCGCCAGACUGCCUGGCGCCACGAGUCAUGUUGGGACAAGCUACAGAGAUCCUGUCACAGGCCCAAGUUCCAGCAGUCAUCCGUGUCACGCUGAAGGUCCUCAGCCUCUUGCCACCAUAUGAACGAUCCAUCUUUGUCUUUGCCGGGUCCUCCUUGGAAGACGUGCUGAAGAUGGCCCAGGAGCUAGGAGGAUUCACGUAUGAAACACAGGCUACCCUGUCAGGCCCCUACCUGACCUCCGUGAUGGGAAAAGUGGUUGGGGAACGUGAGUUCUGGCAGCUGCUCCGAGAACCCAACACUCCCCUGCUGCAAGGUAUUGCUGACUACAGACCCAAGGAUGGAGAAACUAUCGAGCUGAGGCUGGUCAGCUGGUAGCCCAGGUUCCUUCAUCCCUGCAGCCUCACACACCCCCUAGGCUUCUGACAUCCUUGCAGCAGGAACUUGCUUGACCCUGCUGCCACUUCUUGUGCACUUGGAAUGAUGUUCCCUGGGUCACCCCAGCCACAGUCCCUGGGAGGGUUCUAAACCAUGCCCCAACCACCUUCUGCUGGAAGUCUCUUGGCUCAGACCUGGCCAGCCCAGCCCCAUAGGUCACCUGUGAAGACCACCUCAUGGUCUGAAGGGUAUGAAGCAUCUUAGACUCCUUGGCAAAAGGAGGAGAAGUCGGUGGGCUGCUGGCAUUGUGAGUACCACCCGCUCUGGGAUUGGGGUCCUGCAAGGAGGCCUCUGUGGCCCAGAGGCUAUGCCCCAGACCCCAGCUCUCCACUUCACUGUCAGGGUGGCAGCCCAGAGCUGGUUGUGGCACAGUAGCUAUGGAGGCCUUGGCAGGGCUGCUCAGUGUCUGCCCCUGACAUGAUUAAAGCAUUGAUCAUCUGUGCA